AUGGAGGAGAGCGCUUGCCUCUGCGGUGUGGGCUCUUCGCGGGGAUGUAGGUGUCCUCAGAAGCGCCAGCGCCCAGCUGAGAUGACAGCGGCCGAGGGCAAGUGGUGUCGUCAGAAGCGCCAGCGCCCAGCUGAGAAGGCAAUGGCCGCUGGCAAGCCGGCCCCGGCAGAAAAGCACGUCCAGAGGGACGCGGCAGCACGGUGCUGUGCGAAGAGUGGAGGAAUCGCGAGCCCCAUGCCACCCCCGCAGACCCCGCACUGCUCGCUGCAGGACCUGCCGGUGGAGAUGCUGGUGGAGAUCUUCGCCUGGGUUCCCGCCACCGAUCUGCCCAGCCUGGCCCAGGCCUGCACCAAAUUCCACCACAUCCUGCACAUCGACAGCAUCUGGAGAAGGCGCUGCCGGGAGGAGUUUGGCGUUCGUGAAAACUUGCAGAACCUGGAGAUGAUGGGUAUGUCUUAUCGAGAAGUCUAUGCGAAGCUGUUCCCAUACAGAAACAUUUUGGGAUUGUGGCAGCUAGAUGAUACUGAGCACUACAGAAUACUAGUGAAUGUAGUGGUGGACGGCUUAUGCAUUACUGGUUGGACAUACAGGGCUUCCCUUCACACCCAUGUGGGUGGCCCAAUACAUUUCAGGCCCUCGUUCAGAAUUCGCCUGACGAAGAGGAAAUCAGCCACGGUGGAGUGCAUGGAAGGCCGCCACAGCAGGCCGCACAACCGCCACAUGCAGAUUCGGAAGGACAGGUUCACCAUCCAGUGCAAGAAGACAGACCACGGAACGGAUUCACCAACGCGGCUUAGGGAAGAAGGGGGGCUGGUGCUGGAGGACAGACAGCGGUAUGACUGGCUGACCUACCGCCGCCUCUACCUCCCGCCGAGCCACCCGGACGACCUCAUCAGGCCAGGACUCUUCCAAGACUACUACGAUGACUUCGGCCUAAAGAUUGCCAUUCUCAGCUUCCAUGGGAAGUAUGCCAGGGUCACCAAGAUCACGGGAGACCCCAUCCGGACGUUAGAGAUCCACCUCAUGCGCCGCAUCCAGCUGCAAGAUGGCAAAUUCCACAACUACCACGAGCUCUCCCGCGUGGUCCAGGAAGUUGACGAGCAGAGCCCUGCCCAGCCCAGCGUCGGGGAGUCCAGGGCUGCAGCUUCGGAGGAGCAGCCUGUCCCGUUUGUUCUGCCUGUGGGCGUGCUCUCAAGAGACCAGAACUACCCCGGAACCUGCAGGAUGUGUUUCUAUGGCGUGGACACUGUUACCUUACCUGGCUUAGCCUACCGCGAGUGCUUCCCUGGAGUCUUCAUCCUGUUUGAUGAGAACAACUUCGGGUUCAUCCGGCUGGAGGCGAAAUACUUCUUCCUGUGGGGCAGAGUCCAGAACACCUUCCAGAAUGUGGAGGCACCAUCCCCGCAGGCUUUCCUGGAGAUGCUCAAGAACAUUCAGUCCAUGCCCUAA